AUGUUAAAGUUAACGCUGAACGCCAGAAAUAAAAUUGAUAUCAGUAAGUUUAAUAAAUUAAAAGGUCUAGUUAAAAAUAACGCAAAAGGUUAUGAGCCUGAGAAAUAUGCUGUCUUAACAUGAGACGAGGUUAUGAAAUUCAUAUAUAAUGCACCGGACUAUACUCUUUUAGCCAAUAAAGUUGUGCUAAUCUUUGGUAUUUUUGGAACUACCAGAUGCGACGAGUUGAAAGAACUUCAAGUUGCUGACGUUGAAGAAAUUGGCGGAAAAUACCUAGUUUCCAGAAAGGACUCAAAGAAUGGUGUGCCUCGUAAAUGUUUAGUUGGACCACUUUUUUAUAGAAAAGUGAAAGAAUAUAUUUCAUUAAGGCCUCUAUAUUUUGAAAUUAAGAGAUAUUUUGUGCAAUUUUUAAACGGCAAAUGCCACCGACAAGUCUUGGGGAGAAAUGAAAUAGGUCAAAUCCCAAAAAUUAUAGCUGAGUAUUUGAAGUUGACUAAUCCACAAUAUUACACAAGACACUGCUUACGCAGGACAUCAGCCACAUUGAUAUUAAACUCUGGAGCAAAUAAAACAAUGUUGAAACAAUUAGGAGGAUGGAAAUCGGCAAGUAUAGCAGGAGGUUAUACUGAGAACUCUUUGCUGAACAGGCAGAAAAUCUUUGUUAAGAUCACACAUGCAGCUAAAGUUGUUCUUCCAUCAGAUACAAAUCUGCAACCAUCUACAAGUGAAACUAAUUCAACUAAUACAACUAAAUUGAGAAGUUUUGUUUAAAAUCAAGAAUCUAUACCUUCAGAAACCGAUUGUGAUAAUUCUUUUAAUGACUUUUUCUUGGAUGAUGACACUUUGGCGGCAAUUGACAACUCAUUUGUGACAGAAAAACCAGUAUCAUCACUACCUUCCUUUACCACAGCAAACAAUGAAAAAAUAAUUAUAAAUUCUGACCUCAAAACAGCUCAACCUUGUAAUUUUUUGAAAAAACCACCAAUCUCGGUUUUUUCUCAUGAAAAAGAAAAUCAACCUCCAGAGAAAAGAAUUAAGGUCCAGCAAUUGCGUAAUGCAAACAGUAAUGUGAAAACGGCAUCAACAUUUACUAAUUUUGUAACGAAUAAACAAAAAUUUGAGUCCACGUCUAAUAAAAAUGAAGCAAAUCAAUUGACAUCGGAAACUAAAUCAACAAAUUUUGAGGCAUCAGCGUCUGCAUCUGUAGAAGCGUUAUCAAGCGAUAAUCGAAACGUGAGAUACAACGACUGUGUAUUUCACGGAAAUAUAAUUAAUAACUCCUAUUUUUUUAAUGGUAAACUUCCUGAGCAAAAUAUAUAA